GGGACUCCAGAAAGGUCUAUGUUUGUACAAUUUCCCAGAUUAGAUCAGCUUCAGUUCAACACAAGUGUGAUUAAUGAGAAGUAGAAGCACCAGAGCAAACACAGACCCAUCCAGAGAACGGGGGACCAGGUCAACUCAGAGCCAGGCCAGUGAGUGCCAAAGCCUGUAUACACGAGGUUUUGAACCCGCUCUGUGUCUGCGCUGAUGAGGAGGAUGUACUGGACGGUGACAGCCCUCCUGCUAGCCCACCUCGGGGCCACCUUAGCAGGGGCGUGGAGGGCUUCUCAACCCAGACUGCAGUUCUCACACGCCGAGUUGAUCCAGAAUGGCCGUCUGCUGACUCUGCCCCUAGUGGCUGGAGACCUGCACUCCCUGCUGCCUGACGAGGACCGGAGGCGUCUGUACGUGGCCAUGAAGGAUAACCUGCUGUCUACGAGUCUGGAUGACAUUACGCAGAACCCACGCAAGCUGUACUGGCCAGCCAGUCCAGACCGUGUCCAAGAAUGUCUUAUGGCUGGGAAGGAUCCAGAGAUGGAGUGUGCCAACUUCCUGCGCGUCAUGCAGCCUUACAAUCAGACUCACCUGUACAUCUGUGGCACCGGAGCGUUCAACCCCCGGUGUGCUUUCAUACCCACCAGCGUCUUCCAGCAGUCAGAGCACCAGACCCUCUCCUACAGCCAGACAGAGUGUGGGAAGGGGAAAUGUCCUUAUGACCCAUUCCAGAAAACAGCAUCCGCUGUUGUUGACGGAGAGCUCUAUGCUGGGAUCACCUCAGACUUCAUGAGCCGGGACUCUGCCUUCUUCCGUAGCCUCGGCAAUCGUCACGUCAUCCGCACUGAGCAGUACGACUCCACCUGGCUGCAGGAUGCCCAGUUUGUGCGGGUAGCGCCGCUGUCUGAAACUGAUAAUCCAGAGGAUGAUAAGGUCUACGUGUUCUUCACUGAGCGUGCUCAGGAGGCAGAGGGGGCGGCUGGGAAGGUGCUCUACUCCAGAGUAGCACGAGUGUGUAAGAAUGACAUUGGAGGCCAGAGGAGUUUGGUGAAUAAAUGGAGCACCUUCCAGAAGGCUCGUCUGGUAUGUUCAGUCCCAGGACCGGAUGGCCUGCAGACACACUUCGAUCAGCUGCGUGAAGGACGUUUUAUCCUCCAAGGGAAAGACAAAAAGAACCCUCUCAUCUACGGCCUGUUUACCACUUCAAGCGAUAUCCUGAAUGGUUCUGCAGUGUGCGUUUACCGCAUGGAGGACGUGGUUCGAGCUUUCAAAGGAAACUUCCUGCAUAAAGAGGGACCUCAGUAUAAGUGGGCGGAGUUUACAGGCAAGGUGCCCUACCCACGACCAGGAACUUGUCCCAGCAGUACAUAUGGAAGCUACAGCUCCACCAGAGAGUAUCCCGAUGACGUCAUCUUCUUCAGCAGGACUCACCCUCUGCUACAGGAAAAUGUGCUCCCACUCGGAGAGCGCCCCCUCCUGGUUAGAGUUGGUGUUCACUACAAGUUCAGCAAACUGCUGGUUGACAGAGUGGAGGCUGUGGACGGCACGUAUGACGUCCUGUUCAUCGGCACAGACUCCGGCCUGGUGCUGAAGGCCAUCCAUCUGCCCAGAGAACACGGGCAGGGUCAGGAGGUCACACUGGAGCAACUACAGGUCUUUCAGCACAAAUCACCGGUGACAGCCAUGACGCUCUCAAAGAAAAAGCAGUGGUUGUUUGUGGGCUCCAGCGAGGGCGUGUCCCAGCUGGCUCUGUACCAGUGUGAGCUGUACGGUCAGGCGUGUGCCGAGUGCUGCCUGGCCAGAGACCCGUACUGCACCUGGGACGGACACGCCUGCAGCCCCUUCAUGCCCACAGUGCGCAGGAGGAACGCUCGUCACUUGGGGGAGGAUGAAGAUCCGCUAACUCAGUGUGUCAGACAGGGAGCUGGGUUGCAGGUGGAGGCCGAGCAGAGGGUCAUGAUGGUUGUUGAGGGCAACAGCACUUACCUGGAGUGUCUGCCCCGAUCCAGACACGCUGCUGUCACCUGGUACAAGCAGGCUGGAGAGAACAGUCCUGAGCUGAACCAGCUGGUAACAGGUGACCACUUUGUCGUAAUCGAGCGAGGCAUCCUGAUUCGUCAAGCUGAGGUGUCUCACAGCGGCGUCUACCACUGCCAGGUGGAGGAGCACGGCUACCACUGGACAGCCGUCACCGUCCGCCUCGCUGUCUGGAGCCCCUCAGCCAACAGUCUCCUCGCCUCCUGGUCCAGCCCGUCCUAUCAGAGCGCAGGAGUCCAGCCCUGGUACGAGGACGUGAUGGCUCUGGUUCACCCGGGGAAUAUCGGCCAGCACUGCCGGGCAUUGGGAUACCGACCCCCACGCAACCACCGUCGCCACAGUGACAUCAUGGUGAAGCCAAACAAGGAGAAGGGGGAGAGGCACAAGCACGGGGGAGGAAGAGCAGUCACCUCCAGUGAGAGUGUGUUGGUUUCUUCAGAGAGGUGUGGUCUGGCCAUGAGAUGA